CCGGUCCGCUCCCGCCGUCUCCGCCGCCCCGGCUGCCGCCCCCGCCCCGGCAUGAGGAAACGCAACGAGUCGGUCACGGUGGAGCAUGAGCGCGCCGCCGCCGCCGCUGCUGCUGUGCCCGGGACCCUCGACAAGGGGUGCAGCCUAAGGCACAGCCUGCGCCUGCCUGCCGCCGCCGCCGAGGGCAUGAAGCGACCGCUGGGCAGGCGAUACGGAUUAUGGUUUCGCUUGCGGAAGUUAAUAAUCUGGUUGCUGGGAAUGUACAUAGCCAUCCCAUUUCUAGUAAAACUUUGCCCUGCUAUUCAGGCAAAGCUGGUCUUCCUAAACUUUGUGAGGGUCCCAUAUUUCAUUGACUUGAAAAGACCACAGGAUCAAGGUCUAAACCAUACCUGUAAUUAUUACCUGCAGCCAGAAGAGGAUGUAACCAUCGGAGUGUGGCAUGCACACGUCCCUGCAAGCCUUAUGGAAGAUGCUCGAGGGAAGGACCAGUUGUGGUUGAAGAGGCUUUUGGGCUCGAGCCAUCCUGUGAUCCUCUACUUGCACGGCAAUGCGGGAACAAGGUGAGGCACAAAACAGGAUCACCGUGUGGAGCUUUACAAGGUUCUCAGCUCCCUCGGGUACCAUGUGGUGACAUUUGACUACCGAGGCUGGGGUGAUUCAAUAGGCAGCCCAUCAGAGAGGGGAAUGACCUACGAUGCCCUUCAUGUCUUUGACUGGAUAAAAGCACGAAGUGAGGACAACCCUGUCUAUAUAUGGGGACACUCCCUGGGAACAGGGGUCGCAACAAAUCUAGUGAGGCGUCUUUGUGAGAGAGAAACGCCCCCGGAUGCCCUGAUACUGGAAUCUCCAUUCACCAACAUACGGGAGGAGGCACGAAGUCACCCCUUUUCUGUGAUAUACAGAUACUUCCCUGGGUUUGACUGGUUCUUCCUUGACCCCAUCACGACAAGUGGAAUUAAAUUUGCAAACGAUGAGAAUGUGAAAUACAUUUCCUGUUCGCUGCUCAUCCUUCACGCUGAGGAUGAUCCAGUGGUACCAUUUCAUCUGGGAAAAAAGCUUUACAACAUUGCUGCAACAUCACGGAGUUUCCGAGACUACAAGGUGCAGUUUGUUCCGUUCCACACAGACCUCGGCUACCGGCACAAGUACAUCUACAGGAGUCCAGAGCUACCUCGAAUACUGCGGUAA